AUACCCAACACCUUCACGUUUGCUUCAACCUUCAUCACCAAGUAAAAGCUUUUCACUCCUUGGCUUCUUUUGUUACUUCUUUCCAUACAUUUAAUGGGUCUGAAACCUAUGCUCUUUUUGCUAGCCUUCCUUCUUCUAGUCACCACAAGGGUUUCAUCCAACGAUGAGGAGUUCUUGACAGAGCCCCCAGCUCAUAGCCCAGUGAAGGCACCGGCUCUUGCUCAUGUCCCGGUCAAGGCACCAGCUCCCAUCCUCCCCAUCAAGUCACCAGUGCUUCCUCCUUCUCCAGUGCAGGCACCGCCAACAAAUUUCCUUCCAAAGACAAAACAAGAAUGUGUCCCCUUAUGUGAAGAGAGGUGCAAAUUACACUCGAGGAAGAGAGUAUGUGUGAGAGUAUGCAUGACAUGCUGUGAUCGAUGCAGAUGUGUGCCACCAGGGACAAAUGGUAACCGAGAGAAGUGUGGCAAGUGUUACACCGAUAUGACCACCCACGGUGGCAAGUCAAAGUGUCCAUGAAGCACUCGUUAAUGAAUUGUAAUAAAAUUGAGAAUGGAAAGAAAAUAAAAUAUGGUUUUCCUUUAAUUAUUAUUAG